GAGAGGGUAACUUUUUGUGAGGGGAGUAUUACUAUAGUGACUAUAGUACUAGACACUUUUGAUUUAAGUACCAUACGUAAGGAAGAAAGAAAGGCAAGUUUCCAUUGCAUUAGAGAAAUGACAUCAGUGCAAAAAUAUUGUACUAUAUUUGAAAACGUAGUCGUUAACCUAAACAUUGAUAAAAACACAAAAUAUGUCCGAAUCAAAAGAAGCAACUGAAUCUGUUCCAGUCAAAGAAAAAGAAAAAUCUGAAGAAUUACGUAAAUUUGAAUGGAUGAUAAGACCAUGUGAAGUAUAUAAAGAUGAAUAUGUUGAUUGUAGAAGUAUGAAAGCAAGGUUUCAUCAAUAUUUUGUAUUGGGAAAACUAAUUGAUUGUGAACAUUGGAUUAGUGAUCAUCGUGAUUGUUAUCGUUGGUUAAAAGAUGAUUCUGAUGAGGCGCUUGCAAAUAUACUAGAACAUGAGAAGCAACGUAGAAUAGAAAGAUUAGGAGGUCACUAUAGAAAUGAUGUUUGGAAAAAAAGGGACAAACCACCAGAACAAUGGAAUGCUCCAUUACCUGAGUGGUUACAAAAGAAAUAUCAAAAUUCAUUUUUGAUGAUUGUAAGUAAAGAAAAUGAAGAGUCUAGUACAGGAAGAUCUUGUAUUAUAUCGUAGGAAUAUCAAAUAAUAAAAGUAUAGUAAAAUAAAUUAUUAUUGAAAACCUUAAAAAUUAA